AGUGGACGCCCUUUACACUUGGCUCUCUCUUUGCUACUAUGCCACUGCGGGCUCAAGCUCAAGAUCCGUCCUUUGUACAGUUUACGAUCGAUUUUCCUCGAACACAGGAAGCCCAAACAAACCCUGAAGAGUGGAAUUCGAAAUGGGAGAAAUAUUUCAACCAAUUUGACCUUCCACCCGAUAUGAUUUUCAUGAAGGAGGUCCAGAGCAACACAAGCUUCCAUAGAUCCGUUAGUGACUUGCUUCAUUAUUAUUCCAUUCUAUACACACAGACGUGUGAGGUCCAAUAUCGGGUAGGCGGUAGGGCUUGCCAUGCCUUGUUAACCUGCGAUCUCGGGCGAAAAUGGACUACUGCCGGAGAAGAUGUUCGACGAAAACAUACCCUCAGGGCGUUAUCCGAAGCAUGUGCGAUGGCGAAUAAUCUGAAUCAAGCUCGAGCUUACUGUAGUGACAUUCUUCGUCUUAAUCACCUGAGCAAAGACGGGAAAACGCUUAUAUCUCUCCUCCGGGCUAUGAUCCCUGAAGAUCUAUCUAAUAUCCCAAAAACUCCGUACUACUUUCCCGAGGCUCGCUGGGACUCGUUACGGAAGCAAGUGGAGAAGGAACACUCCGCUAAUUCGAUCGAAAAAAUCACCUUUGACGAGACCUUUCACUUGCGAACCAAAUUGAUUUAUCACGUUCUUGAAUUCAUGUUCAUGUCCUUCCUUGGCUGGGAACUUGACAAAGUCAGGGUGAUGAAGAAUACCUCCGUCAAAGUGGACAAAGAGGCCCAGAAACUGGCUACAAAGGGCUAUAAGGCUAAUUUGGAGUCCAUAUAUGGCCGUGAAGCGGCCAAGGAGAUACGAAAGGAUGACCUUGCCGCUUGGAAAGAUCGAAAAGCGAAGCGAGGGUAUUUUUGCAUGCUUUGCCACAAGGCUGAGGGAGAAGAAAAGUUUUCGCGCUGUUCGGAAUGUUGGAAUAAACAGCAGCGUGAUUGGAAGUAUUGUUCGAAAACAUGUCAGAAGAAAGACUGGGCUGAAGGGAAUCACAAGAAGAUUUGUGGAAAGCCAUUGACUGCCGAGACUGCUUUAGAAAGUGCUCCUCCACUCCGCCCGGAAGGAGCACCUGAGGUGCGCCAAGUCGGUCCACCACGAAAUGGCUUUAAAAGGUCGCCGGCUCUAGUCCAGCACGUUUAUAUGCUGAACCUCAACCCAACGGCUGACCUUUUCCUGAAGACGGGUACGGGUCAAGGAGGCUUCAUGAAAACUGAUACACCAUACCUGCCUAUCCAAAAUCGAGUCAGAGCUGCACGGGAUAAAGCCAUGUGUGAAGGCGAUAAGCAAAGUGCUUCAUUGCUUUGCCACUACAUAACCUGGUUCUGUUGGGCGAAACACUGGGACACCAAGCAAGGUUAUGAUUUCAAGAUGAUGGUCGAGCAGAUGGAGAAAGAGUAUGAGUAUCCGGACUUGAAACAGGCAAUGUUAAAAUUGCAAGAAAAGCAAUUUAGAGAUCCUAUUCGCCGACCACCCCUCGUUGCCGACCUCCAUCCACUGCAAUGGGCCGGCUUCAUCGCCCUCGACCAUACUGAUGUGAAUAGACGACUUACAUUCUAGUUAUUCACUUUUCUUGGUUUUUGACUCAUUUUAGCACGAAAGCUGAUGUGCUCUCUGUACUAUUAGUGCUUCCUUGGUGCUCAAUAUAAUCCUUGAUCGUAAGCCAUCAAGUCAAGCGCGGUGCAAAGAGCCAU